AUGCCUUCUUACAUCUCUAGCCAACCUGAAAUAUUUACAAAACCGCCGGAGAAAAUAACUUCAGAUUGGAGGAAGCCGGGCCAACUAACCGAUGAACAAGUGAAACAGUUUUUCGAUGAGGUAAGUUACAAAUAACUGCAACUUGAUCCUUUUAUCGAGAAAAUUGUUCACUCCUUAAACUCUUCGCUCGAUCGCUCGAGUCCUUGUCCCAGCGUUAACUUUGAGAAGCUAACGCUUGCACAACAUCAAAACAACAUGUAGGACUUUGUGGAUUCCCGAUCCCUUUGAGGGGUCGAUACAAAACAUUUUACACCAAGACUGUCAACCCUCUUUCACUUGCUCAAAAAACGCAAAUUUAGGUAUUUCAAGUUGGGAGGGCAAAGUGAGGAGGGGACUUCGAGUAGGUAUGGGUAGGGGUUAUUUUAGAGUUCAUGGAGAAACAAUAUCAUAAAAAAGCAUGACCCAUUGCGUUACAUUUUUAGGUAACGCGGUAUUGUUGUAGAUGCGUGACGGCUUGACCUGUGAUUGGGUCUAUUCGGGAUCGGGGUGCAAGAUAGGUGCCCAUGUGACCGAGCAUUACUGGUCUGGUUCUUUUCUGCUUUUUAACACUUUGAUAUCACCUCAGCCAAAAGAAGAGGUCCAGAAGUAAUCAAACUCUGUAACAGCCCCAGACGAAACGUGAUUACCCUAGAAAGAACAAAUAUCAAAAGAAAGCAAGAAAAUAUAAAAGCCUUAUCUUCUCAUGAAAGAAGAAAUGGAAAUACAUUGAACUGAUAUUAGCGUGGAAUUACGCUGCGGCGCAGGCUCGUCCUUUAGACGCAUAGGCGUACGGGCAAUUUUUUGCUAGGGGGGGCAGUAAACCAUUUGCCCAAAAAAUUCUUGUAAGUUGCCCAAAUUUUUACAAAACAGUCGAACAGAAACGAGGGCCAUACGAUGCAACAACAUAGGCCGUACUAGCAUAUGAAGGUGGCUCGAUACAGUUUUUCAGGGUCAAUACCAUGACGUGUUUUUGAGCAUAGACUACGCCACCAUAAACAAACAUUUGGAAAAAUUACCACCACAGUUGUAUUAGAUAAAGACGAAAAUUUGUUAUGAUCCGGGUUGCAAUAACAUCGGAGUUGUCAUAGCAACAAAAUGACGCCAUUACCUAUUAUACUUGCAGCAACAUUUCUCACUGGGAACUGCUCCAAAAUCGUUCACGGGAGCAUUUUCCUCCAAUAGUUGACUCGAUGUUCGUGAACUUAAAACAGAAUCUGUAACAGCGUUGCGGAGAUAUUUUGGGAUAAAGUUUUCAUCGUUAGAAAUACGGUAAAAAAAAGGAAAAUCUUGAUGUUUGUCCGUUAUCUGUAGAAAAUGAAGCGCUUUUGACAUGCAAUUUCACCUCAUAGUAGUUUCAAUCUUUUGAAAAACGUGGGUGAAAGAUCAUGGAGAUAGCUCUGGCCAAUUGCUACAAAAAAAGAUUUGAUUAGUAUGUAUGAUGGCGCUCUUGUUAGCGGUUUUGUAAACAUUUCGGUCUACUUUAACAAAUUAGUGAAUAAUUUUUAAACCACUCGAUAGAUUUUUUUUUAAAAAAUCAAGAUUCUUCGCGUAAUUCAAACUGAGAAUUAGUCAGCCACUUCUUCACUUUCAGACCCAUUGCUGCUGCUAUCUGCCAUACACUGUUCUACGAGCGGAGAUGAUUCUAGAAAGUUAGGCGGAAGUUUAUUCUAAUCAAUUCACCACUGGAAAUAGCCCAUUGCAGCACAGUGCCCAACAAUAAAAAAAAAAUCAGCACAUGAUACCCUUCCCUUAUAGCCAGAAACUCAUUACGUGCUAGGCAACCAGUCUCGUGUGAAUGUAACAGUACUGGAUUAUUACGCCAAUUUCAGGUUAAAAUAGAAAAUAUUUAUCUCUUCAAAAUAAUGAUUUAAAAUCACGGAAACGUCUUUAAAAACUGGCUUUGCCCAAAUUUUCUCUCGCUGCCCAAAAAAUCUGAGUUGCCCAAAAUUUGUGGGGGCUGCAGCCCUCCUCGCCCCCCCGGCCCGUACGCCUAUGUUUAGACGUGGACUAAUAUAAAAUCUGAAAAAGUGACGGAAAAUUAGCUAACCUUCGAUUAGCCGGCCCUUCUUUCCUUUUUGUUUUCCCCUUUUCCCGAAAAAAAAAAACAAACAAAAAAAACGCCUGAUCGCAGGUUAAAAAUUUGCGCGACGAAACAAAGCUAUUUGCUAUUUCCGUUAUUUCCCCCGGCCAUUUGCCUUUGGGGUCUCUUUCUACAUAUUUAAAGUGAGUUGCUCAAGUGUCUAGGAGUAUAUAUAGUUGUCCCAAUAAAAUUGAAAACACCAAAAAAAAAAAAAAAAACCUCGACAGGAGCCUGACCCUAAUCACGGGUUCCUGCUCGUGGGUUCCUGACUGAUGAGCCACUCCUGAGAAAGUGAUCAUGAACACAUGACCGGAAGCUCAGACUCACGGAUUAUGACACGGAAGCAAGCUGAUGAGUGUCUGUACAGAUACUUAAAUAUUUGGGAAGGUGCGAAGAAGAGCCAAACCGAACAGAAGCUUUAUCAGACACAGGACCUUGUGGUGUAUGUGCUUGCUGGAAGCGAGAUACAACACGAGCCUGAGAGACCAACUUUACCACCGCGCUCGGAAGAGCUGCUGCUAGAAGGCCGGGUGUUAGCGGGCAAGACUAUUUCAGUUAUUAUGUACUAGCACUAUUAAACAAAGGUUAAGCGUGUGGUUGCAUUAAGAACUGCAAGUCUAUUCAUUUAACUCAUCCAAUGUAAGAUUAUUAUGUCGGUUCGGUUUUUAUUAUUAAUAUAUCUUGACACUGCCCAUUUUUAAAACCCCCUUAUAACUAGACUUGCAACACUGAAGUGUACUGCGUAAGGGCGGAAAAGGGCAUUGAGAAAGUCUACCUUACAACUUAUGUGUGUACUUUAUAAACAACAGAAAAGUUAAAUAAAAUAGAGAAAGAGAGAAAGAAAGCAAGAGAAAACUGUAGAGAAAGGGGAAAAAUCACCCUUCUAUCCUCUCAUCUCUUCAUCCUUCCCCCACCCCUUCGCUCAGCUGUCUAUUUCGCGCCGCAGGGUCUCCAAAGCCUGGAAAAAACUAAGUAAAGACAUCUCCUCUCGCCGGCACACAGGUUACUGUCAGACCACUGGAACAAGCUACAGAUGUAGAUGCUGUAAAUACGGAGCUUAAGAAAAUUCGUUUUUGAGCGACGCACGUCAACCGGAAGUGAGGUCUUUUUCAUUUUAAAGCACCUUGACAACACCAAAUUUGUAUUUCUUAGUGUCUUUACUAUUAUACGGAUGAUUUGUCUAAAAAUUUGGGCAAAACCACCGUCCAAAAAUACAAAAUAAAACACUUCCGGUUGACGUUGGUCGUUUGACUCCUAUAUAUGCAGAUGGUAUACUGUGGUUCAUACCAGGAGCCCAUAACCCGGAGCGAGCAACUCCCAUACUAGGCCUAUCUCACGGCGUUUUUACGGACCGGUAAUUUUUCCGGCGAAAAUGGAAUCUCCUCCACGUCUAUGAACGCACUCGAAGUGUAAGAUAUCAAAAAAGAAAACGUAACGUCAUCAAAAGGCAAAAAUUAUCAUUUUUAGGCCUGUAGGUUUUGCUGACUGGUUUGUGGGACUUAAAAGAUAUUCUAAAUUCGCGCCAAAACGUACCGUUCUAAAAAUAAACUGGUCCGUGAAAACGUCGUGACACGAGUACAUGGAAGUUGCUCGCUCCAAGUUAUGAGCUCCUGUUCAUACUCAUCAGCACUGUAUAUGUAAUUUAUUUUACAGGGGUAUGUGUUGGUUCCGCAGUUCUUUGAAAAAAGUGAGCUAGAGUCUGUUAUCGCAGCCAUUUGCGAGCUGGUUGAUCAACUGGCAGAUAAACUCUACGAUGCUGGAAAGAUUCAAGGUAGACUAUUUUAAAAAGCAUGUAAACUUAAAAGUCAAGUUAAGAAAACAACGGGUACUCCCUUGUUUUUGUCCCCUCGAGCGCGCUAGGACUCGCCUCCAACAAGGAAAGAAGAAACGCACCCACGAUAUUUCCUACUGUACCUUAGGACAACAAGAGACUUAUUGUGGUCUAUUCGAAUCAAAGCAUGGACAAAUCCUUUUCGCAACGUUUCCUCACCUGAUGUACAACUGAGGAUCAAGCUGUUAUGUCUUUUCAUAGCCACUUUUUAUAGAUGGCCAACACUAAAACCUAGAGCACACCAUUUUAAGAGUACAAACUAAAAUUGUUUUGGAUAAUCCAGUUAGCGGAUAAUGGAAACACACUUAAACACACUCUAAUAAUAAUAAUAAUAAUAAUAAUAAUAAUAAUAAUAAUAAUAAUAAUGAUAAUAAUAAUUUAUUACAUUUAAUAUAGCGCUUUAACUAUUAAAAUAUUCUAAAGCGCUUUACAAUAUGUACAAGAAAAUAAAGAUAUAUAUACAAUAAAUGGACAGAAAUAAUAAUAGUAAUAAGAAUAUAAAAUUACAAAUUAAAAGCUUUCUUAAAAAGAUAAGUCUUCUACUGUAGUUUAAAAGAGUCAAUGUUCAUACAGCUUCUAAGGCUAGAUGGCAAAGCAUUCCAUACUGUUGGUCCAGCAUAGAAAAAGGCUCGAUCGCCAAAAGUCUUCCGUGUCAUCUUAGGGAUUACAAGCAAUGUUUCAGAAUAAGACCGCAGGCUGUAUCUAGUUCUAGGCUUUACAACAAGUAAUUCAGAUAAAUAUUGUGGCGCCAGGCCGUUCAACGUUUUAAGAACUAAAAGCGCAAUCUUAAAUUCUACCCUAAAUAUCACUAGCAACCAAUGAAGUUCCCUAAGUCCCGGAGUAAUAUGGGCACUUAGGAAUUAAGCAUGUAACCCGAGCCGCCGCGUUAAGAACUUUUUGAAGUCGGUCAUAUUGAUAUUGCGGAAGCUUAUACAAAAGAGCGUUGCAAUAAUUUAAAUGAAAUGUAACAAACGCAUGAAUCAAACACUUUGUUGAUUCUGCAGACAGAUAUUUCCUAAUUUGCCUAAUAUUAUAAAGCCCCCUAAAAGCCUUACUACACACCUUUCCUAUAUGAGUAUUCAUAGACAUAUGGUUAUCAAACCAUGUGCCAAGAUUUCUAACAUGCUUAAGGGGUUGAAUGUCACAGUCUCCAACUUUUAUUGAAGCCAUGGUAACCUUAGAUAAUUGCUGCGACGAACCGAUGAUUAGAAAUUCUGUCUUUGAAUCAACCUGUGUGAGACUAACCGAGCCCUAACAUAAGCUAUGCAGUUCUCAAAAGCCUUAAUCGCUUGAUCUUGAGCAGCAAACGAAUCUGGACGAAACGACACGUACAACUCAGUAUCAUCUGCUUACGCAUGAACUGAUGGAAGGUGCUUCUUAACAACCUCAAAAAGCCUUGAUGCAUACAAUAGAAAAAGGACAGGUCCCAAACACCUCCCCUGAGGAACACCAUAAUUUAAUUUGAAAGUCUUGGAGGACUCCUGAUUAACAAUUACACGUUGUACCCUAAAAAAACGGUUUACAAGAGUUGAAAUGGUUCUAGUAUAUAUAUUGAUCUAGCGGACAAAAAAGUUUCAUCAGUACAUACAUUACUUUAUUUCUUUGUUAAAGGCAACAUUUUUCUUUUGGUUUAGAUAAACACAAGGAUGCGUCAUUUUAUGAGAGACUGAUAUUGAUCGAAAAGCAAUUUCCGGGAGCUGCAGUACUGCUUCAUAAGCAUGGAGUUAUGCCAAAGGUAACCAGAAUAACCGAGUUUUUACAAUUACAAGUCAUAAGAAAUUUGUUGGAAAUCUGGAUAGUUUUUGCGGGAGCGAAGGAAAAAUGCUGAUUUGAAGGAUGGUGGAGGGGGACUGGGAAGCAGGGUGGUGGAGACAAUAAUGGAAACAAGUUUAAAACAUAAGCCCCCUCCCCCUCUUAUGUACACUUAUAAAGUAGAGAAGUGAUUUUUUUCUUGGAGUGAAAUAUAGUAGCUUUCGUCAUCAGCUUGUUUCCAGACGAAUUUUGUAUUCCGCUUAUACGCCCUCAACCCCCUCAUGUAAGCUCACUUUAAACCCCUCGUGAACUCGUAUGAGCCAAGCUAGCGCUUAUGGACGGAAAUUUUAACUGUUUUUUUUUUCUUUCUUCCUUUUUAUUUUCCUCUUUUUGUCAAAUACUACUGGGACUCACUAAACGACCGUCGUCACCUUUUCUCUACGUAGGGGAUGCAACAAGUGUUGCAAAAUGUUGGGGUAUUUGGUCAGGUCUUGGUCAGAUGCAUUAAUUAUAAAAAAAAGCAGUGAAAAACCCCGUAUUUACGAAACAUAAUGCAAGCAACUCCAGGUAUUGAAUGUUGUUUUACCAUUUUGGCCUGGCUCACAUGUUGGCAGUUAAUAGGCUUUUCAAGACUUGUGGAGCAAUGAACGACUUUUGAACGUCAUCGAGCAGUUUAUUGGACCCGAUAUAGCUGGUCAUCCUGUGUGGAACUUAAGGACGAAGGUAAGUGUCCUGAUACAGCUACCCAUCCUGUGUGGAACUUAAGGACGAAACAGGAGCAACUCCUGGACAAAGGUUAUAUUCCGCUCUGCUCGCUACGUGUCAUGGCGCCAAGCCUUUUAUUAUUCCCCGGCCCAUUCUCGCCCCAUAUAAGGGAGUACAAGACAGUCUUGGAUUUUGAAUUCCACGCUAAGGAUUCCGGAUUCCAGGAACUGGCCUCCAAUUUUAUGUCGGUGGAACUUGGAUUCUGGAUUCCAGUCGUUAGUGGGAUUCCGGAUUCCUUGAGCCGUAGUCCGGAUUUCAAAGCCAAGAAUUCCUCGAAUUCCACAAGCAAAAAUUUCCCGGAUUCAGGAUUCCCUCAUUUGGGGUGACCAUUCCAUAUAUGGAGGACAGGUUACACGCAGCAAAACUAGACAGUUAAAUCUUCUAUAAAGGCUCGUUAGGUAACUAAAAAUGAUGACUAAUCUCCUGAUGCUGAUGUGUUAUUAUUUUAUUUUGGCAGACUCCAAAAAACACUCAGGUGACCGUGCCUUGGCAUCAAGGUAAAACUGUUCUUAUAGUUUCAAAUAACAAAGUCGAGUAUUGAUCAUGUAUGCCUCGUCUGCUUCGUCUUGAAAAGAUGGUUAUCCAUGAGAAAAUGUCUUUCUUGCCCGUCUUUGCAAACUGGUAUUGUUGCCUAAAUCCGGUAGUCAUGAAGGGGACCCCUAUAUUUUAACCAACCUAUCUUAAAUUAAUUCAACUUAAAUUCAAAUUAUAAUGAGUGAAAAGAUUUUUAGCGACAAAGUCAUAGAGCUGUACCUAUUUUCGGGUUAAAACUUCUCGCAGCGGCAGAUUUUGUGAUCAUAUAAGUUGUUUGCUACCAUUAUCGUAUACCGACCUUCUUAUCUCACUUCUGAUGUAUUUUAUUUCUUUCCAUUAAUUUCAUUUCAUCCAUUUGUUCAUUUUUAACAAGUUAACGCUGACUUAGUUACGACAUUCAUUGGUAUUGCCUAAAUACGAAGGGUAAAUAAAAUCCAAUUUGUUAAAAUUUAUUCCAGACUGCGCGUACUUGUCAUCAGAAGCCUGUGAAAUUCUUCAGCCUACAGCUUGGAUUCCUUUGUUAGAUACAAACAGGAUGAAUGGUUGUAUGCAGGUAAAGCAUACCUUAAUGUCCUUUUGAAGACUACUUUCAGUCGGUAUCUUUACAAAAACAAUCCUUUUUGCUCAAAAUGCUCACAGGAAAAACAAAUAACGAUAUAAGAACGGAUUUUAAGAUGACUUCUAUUUCCAUGGAUAAUGCGUUGAAGAGAUGCACAACUUGCUCAAGUCACGAGUCCAUAACCCUGAGCGAGGAGCUGCCAUGCCCUGGUGUCACGGCGUUUUCACUGACAAGUUUAUUUUUAGAGCUAUUCUGGCGCGAAUUUAGAAAAUCUUUCAAAUUCCACAAACCAGUAACCAAAACCUUGAGUCGUCAAAAUGGUAUUUUUGUCCUUUUAAUGACGUUUACUUUGCUUUUUUGAUAUCUUAUAGCUCGAAUGUACUAAUGGAAGGAGCGGAGGUCCAUUUUCGUGGGAAAAAGUGCCGUUAAAAUGUAUCAGGAGCUAAAAAUCUAUCGAUCCAUGAGAAUUAAGGCAGUGACAUAGGCCUAGGUGUAGGAGGAUUUGGAGUAUCAAAGAAAACGGUGCAAUGGGGGCCCAACGAGUCGAGCUGGUUAAUGGAAGCUCAUAUAUCCUUAACUUGAUAAUCUUUGGUUCCCUCAGGUAGCACGGGGAGGUCACAGGAAAGGUACACUAGCGACACACACCUGCUGUGCAGGGGAUACUUGGUAUGUUGACCUUGCUGAGGACGAAAUGAGAAAGACAUUAGGUAAGACCCUGGGAAAUUUGAGGAUUUAAAUUUUAAUUGAACCGUAUCGAUCGUCAUUUUCUUCUUUUCUUCCUGUAUCCUGUGGCUUUACAGAGUAUUGAGGCCAGGGUUGCGGUAUUCAAUGAUGAGCCCCUAUUUUCCCCGAAGCAGCAUAAGCCAUAUCAGUCUUAAGUAAAAUCUAUAAUAUGGUUGUGCAAGUUCAUACCCACCAACAGCCCUAUUUAUUUCAUCAACUUGGAAUUUUAUUCUGUCUCAUUUUAAAACCUACACAUUCUUAACCUCUAAUAUAAUGCAAAUGCUGACAUCAAUUAGGUUAUCGGGCCCAAAAAUACAUAGGGUCUUCUUAUGAGUCCCAAGUUGAAGCGAAAAAGGUGACUGGCAGAUAUAAUAGAAACGCUAUCAUUUAUUACUAUAAUAAUAAUAAUAAUAAUGAUGAAGAUGAUGACGAUGAUGAUGAUGAUGAUAACAGGGGUGCCAACGUUCCUCACUUGCAGCCAAUUGCUGAAUUACGGGGAAACCAGAGAGGUGAGAUCGAAUGUAAGCAUGUAUUAAAGGCGCACUAUGCAGCCGCGUCAUUUCAUGUUUGGUCUCACCCCACCCACCCAAACCAAUGACGGCAAAUGUCAGAUAGACUAUGACACCGGCGCCUACGUCCCUCACUAGUCUUUCCAUCAAACGUCAUUUGAUUCUUUGAAUUAGGUUUUGCAGAAAGAUCAACUUUACUAAGAAGUGAUCCUGUUUUUCUCAAUUUCAUAUACGAUAGAUGUGGAUUUCGAGAGAGACAUUGUGCUUUGUGAAGUUCCUUUUGGAGGAGUUCUGUUUAUUAACAAUCUGGUGCCACAUAGAAGGUCUGUGUCUUAGUAUGUGUUCUUUUCUCCUUCUUGACUUUUAAAGUGGCUAUGUCACAAAGUAUCCGAUCCCAUCUUUCUAAAAAGCUACAAAAAAGUCUUCGCAUCAAUUCAAAAGGAAUGGGCCAGUUUUGUUAUUUAAGACUUUUUUUGGCACCGAAUCUGUUCCCUGUCGUCUUUUGCUACGCGUGGUAAAAAUCAACAUGAAUUGAAAUUUGAAAAGCAAGAGCACUAUUUGUAUAUUUGGGCAACGGUACUGAGUGUAAAGACUUCAGCAAAGAAUUGAUUGACCAGUAAAACAUUCAUAUCCUAAGGUCCGAUUAACUAAUUUCGCGCAUAUUACCGGUCAAUAUGCGCAGAUGGAGUCAUAGCUGGAGCUGGAUGCGUCAUGGCAAAAUGGUAGGCGAAGAGAAGUUUAAACUUAGUCACAGAGUCCAAACAAUAGGUCAACAACAACCGAGAAAUUCUGAACAGCUAUCUCUAUUACGAAGACAGCUGUGUCUUGAAUGCUGUCUUUUAAAAUGAGAUGAAAAAAAAAAAAAGUGUUGACUACAUGAACUGGCUGCACUCUUCUGUCACCCCCUUAGCCCUGGUCUUAAGAUCAGAUCUACUUGUACUGUUUUUCUUGUUCGAAACACUAAGUGAAGUACACAUGUUUAUUGAACAACAUUGCCCUCAACUGAUUUGCCGAUGAUUUCUAAACAGUUUAAUAUGUCGACUUACAUUUUAGUCUGGAGAACGUUUCAGACAAGAUUCGAUGGAGUCUGGAUCUGAGGUGGCAAAGACCUGAUAAACCCAAUGGUUUUUAUGGCCUCAAGGUACGUAAGUUUUCGUACAACCAAUGAAAUGCAUUUUCAGUCCUUGCCUGGUUCAGCCCAGGCCUCUAGUCUAACACAACAGAACUCAACACAACAACAAAAACAACAAAAAACAACAAACAAGUUUAUUCAGUAUUACCAUUUUGUACAGGUGUUACCGAUUAAAAUAACAACAAACAGCUAAAUUUAAGGAAAUGAAGAUAUAAUGGAAUGGUAGAAUUAAUUAUGUUUCUUUCGUCUUUCAAAUGCUUGAAAGACGAAAUUAGCAGUUAGCCUCCUGUUAUGUGAAUCAGUGUUGUUAAAAAGAAAACAGACUUUAUCAGGGAUAUUGUAAUUUGUAAAUAAUAUAUUUCGGUCCUUGAUUUUAAUAAAAGGGUCUUUCUCAAAACACUAUAACAUAGCUCCAAUCCUUAUUGUUUAGGUUUGACGGUAAUUUCUCACUACCUAGACCGUAAUCUGAGUUUGUACAUGAAAGCAGACUUGACUUUUCAGCAAACGAAAAAAUACUUAAAUCACCGCACUAACUGGCUUCACGGGACUGUGGCAUAAGGCCUUAGUUCAGCCCAUCUGUUUGUUACUUUGCCAAAAUGAAAUCGCAAAUAUCAAAAACACUCAAAACCAGCACUUUACGCCUUCAAACGUGUCUCCUGAUAGCAAGUUAUAAUUCCGAGUUACAAGCAGUGAAGAGUAAAAAGAAUAACUUACUAUCAUAGUUCACAGUUGCAAUCCUUUUCAUUCUUUGCUUUGUUUACCUUGAUGGUAAACUCCGUUCAGGAACCUUCUUUGGGUUGACAAACCUCUCGGGUUUUUUAGGAGAAUAUUUUACUCCGGACAUCAAGCGACCCUAACUAUGUGGUAGACUGGGAAGAAUUUGCCUCACGUGACAGAACAAAAUUACAGCGAGCUCAUCCAGACGUGCACGCCAAAAUGGAGAAGGUAAUAGCAUCAUUUUAGCAUAAACCAAAUGUCAGUUUGUACUUGUAGUUUAUGGCUGUUUCAUCAAGGGUAGACUACGAGUAGUCCCCAGUUUUCCUCAGGGAUAGUAGAGCGAGCGAAACGCGAGCGCGCGUGAAAAUCGCCCCGCCGCGUGUCGCCUUUUCUGGCGUGAGGUGAUUUUCUCGCGCGCUGGCGUUUCGCACGGUCUACUAUCCCUGAGGAAAAAUGGGGGACUACUCGUAGUCUACAUCAAAGGUAGCCCAAGCUCGAAAUAUACGCGUCGGCACUGUUGUGUAAUCGCUUGAAAUACAAUUUGUACGGGAAAAAACGAUUGUUUCUGUAACCAACGAACUUCUUUGAGAGAGCAAACCGGUCAUACUUCGAGCUUUGAGCUCGGGCUACCUGUUGUUUCAUCCAUAAUUAUUUGUUUGGACAGUUUUUGUGUGCUAGUUUGCCUAAAUUGAGAAAUUGUCUAGUUGAAUCCCACAUUUUCCGUUUUUCGUAUUAAAUCUUGACUCUAGUUCCGUUCUGCGCAUCUCUCAACGCCGAGAGAAAAAGCUUCCGCGCAGAAACGUCAUUAGAUCAGAAUAACUUUUUUAAAAGAAGAUAUGAUCGUCACAAUGUUGAUUGCAAUUUAAGCAAUUGCAAAUAAACCCGAAUAAAUUUCUCGGGACUUCAACAGGAUUCGAACCCAUGCGUUAGCGCUGGAGUACUCUACCAUUUGAGGUAUGAAGACCCAUACAUUGGAAGCAGGCCAAUUUGUUGAGUUCAUCUUAACCAGUGAAACUUGAAUGAAGCAUGCAUGGAGAUGAUGUGAACUGCAGAAAUACAAAUUUUAAAUGAAGAUACAAUCUAUCGUCGAUUGAACGAAAAUUUAAUGGAAAACUAGAGAAUCAACGAACACUUUACAUUCAAAUAAUUGAUCCUUGUUUUUCACGUUAGGUAUUCCCGCCAAUAACAUGGCUCCUGCCUUAUAUACUGAAACCACACACGAUCCACACAUCCCUCUGAUUCGCUCUGACGAACGGCUAGCGCUCGAAACGUUAGCUUCUGUCUGGUCUCCCGAAGGUGGCCAACUACCUUAUCAACUCAGUUCAUAAAAGGUGAUGUUACAUGGGACGAUUCGCAACGACGAUUUUUAGCGCAACACAUCGUUGCAAUGUUGCAACAAUGCUGCAACCUUCCAAAACAAUAUCACAACAAUGUUGCAAAGCUGAAUUGUGGUAAAAAUCGUCAUGCGAAUUGUCCCUUGUCACAUCAGCUUAAAACUUUGUAGUUCUGUCUAUUUUACGCUCCAACUGACGCAACACCACAGUUCCUUUAGAGGCAAGAGAGAAUGAUGGGAAGGCGGGGGAAACGCCCAGUCUAGUCCUUGGGAUAUGUAAUUUCACCAAAGUUAUUUUUAGACCAGAUAAUAAAUCGAAAGUUGGUUUCCGGAGAGGUCCGCAAAAUUUUAUUCGGUGUUUUCAAGAGAGAAUUCAAUUGCUUGCCUAGCUGGCGGGAUUAGCGUGGGAGUGCUGUUUUGCCGGCGGAGCCACGAUAACAUAACAUUAUAGAUAAGAGAUUUUAGAAAAAACGUCUGCUGAACCUCUACAGCUGCCAUGUAGGUUCUAUCCAAUAAAACAGCGUCCUAAUCGAAAUAUCUCAAUGUCAUUUGUGGUGCUUCCAUAGAUCUUGAUUUAAGGAAAGAAUCCUUUUGAAAGAAGGUUUGUAUCAGGAUAGUUUAUUUUUGAUCAUUGUCAUAACAGGGUGAUAUCCAACUAGACAAAGAUCCUGAGUUUGACACCACAAUUGUCGGUCCGUGGAUGGGGAAAUGGGAAAUAGUUCACCACAACAAGCGUACUGUGCAAUACAAAGACCCUGAAGAUGAUACAGAGACCUGGACCAACUAUCAGUCAACGUGGACUAAAGCAUGA